GCACAUUUACUGCACCCUUAGAUUGUCUUGGUUACCGUAAAAUUUCCCCAACCCAGUCAAUUCAGCCUUGCCAAAAUUUCAUGGCCUUGCACUUCAUUUAGUAAUUCCUCGCCCUCUGACUAUUACGAAUAUACUACCAAUAUCAAUUUAAUAAUAAAAAGCUCAAGCGGAGCUCUCUACGAUACCACAUCUCUGAAAAUGGCAGCGUCUUUACGCGCCGCAAGUUCCAAUGUCUCUAACCGUACAGUUCAUGUUAAAAUAUUCCCCUCUGCUAGAACAUUUGCGGAGAGAAGAGAGGUGCUGAGGGUUUUGGAGAGGUUUGGGGAGGUUACUAUGUUUAGGAGUUUAAAGCAUCACCCAAUAUCUCCUGUCCAGAACGCAUUCAUAUCUAUCUUCAGCUCCGCGACAGCGGCACAGGAAGUUAUUAAUGCAAGCCCGGUACGAUAUCGAUUGGUGGUCGAACCGGACCCGCAAGCCUCUUCCACGGCUCCUUCUGAUGGAAAUGCACCUCCACAAAAACCAAAUGAAAAGGUCUUCUCUCUUUCUCUAAAUAUUACUCGCUACACCCACGACCAAUAUAUUUCUCAUCCACUCACCAACCCGCUCUAUGGUCCGUUUAAACCUAUCGAUACGAAGAGAUCUGGAAUCACGGCGCAUUUGAACAAAGGCCUAGAACCUAGUAUGUGGAGCAAAGGGUUGGCGGAUUGGGACAGUGAUGCGGGGAAGAGGAGUGCAUGGAAUGACGAGGACAAGGAUGGAGGUGAAGAGGAAAAUAGUUUGAGAAAAAGAAGGCACGAUUCCUCAAGUUCAAGUGUGCCAUUGAGGUUAGUCGAAAAAGAUUUGGAGGCUCGGAGGGAACGAAGGCCGAAGGUUAUGGAAGGAUUGAUGGGUAUCGUUGGAGAGGGAAAUCGUUGAGAUUUCAAGGAGAGAUACGAUAUUCUAUUUGAAGUAUAAAAUACAGACUGCAGAUAUUAGCCACGACCUUGUAGCAGGAAGGAAGCACUCCCUAUUCAGGCCUAUUCAGGUUUUGUGGGAUGAGGAGGAAGAUAGUCAGGAUAACAACUCAAGUGCUGAGGUUAGUCCGGUUAGGGGGGUCACCAAUUGGCUGGCAUUUGAAGGUCGACACGGAGAAAUUUAUUCGCAAGAGAAGCAAGAUGCUUCCUACGACUAUUUAUUUCCUGAGUGGUAUCACGUAUAUACAUAUGUCUUACUAGUGUACUUUGGGCCACGAAAGAAACAUAUACUUAGACUAUAAAUGCCAAUCGCGGCAUGUGUACUAUCAACAUUUUGGGUGUUAUGCGUCAUUAAUCCGGACGAUGAGAACCCAGCAUAGUAUCAAAUAUCCCACAAGUUGCUUUACUUGAAAGAAAAACACCAAUUCAAUCCCCCAAUAUGCCUUCUCCAGCCAAGGUUGUUACA